GCACACGGUCCAACACGCAAGUGUCACCGAGGUAUAAAAGCGGACACGGAAAAAGCCACCAUGAUGAGCAAUAACUACGGCGAGGACCAGCUGCCUCCGCAGUACUACCAGGCCACAGAUUUCGGGGAAGAGGAGGACGACGAGAUGCCCGCCACGGAGAAGGACCUGGCCGAGGAUGCGCCCUGGAAGAAGAUCCAGCAGAACACCUUCACCAGGUGGUGCAACGAGCACCUCAAGUGCGUCAACAAGACGGUCACGGACCUGCAGAAGGACUUUAGUGAUGGGCUGAAGCUCAUUUCACUGUUGGAAGUACUGAGCCAGAAGAAAAUGUACAGAAAACAUCACACCAGGCCUAACUUCCGACAGAUGAAACUGGAGAACGUCUCCGUGGCGCUGGAGUUCUUGGACAGAGAGCAUAUCAAACUGGUCUCCAUAGAUAGCAAAGCCAUUGUAGAUGGGAACCUGAAGCUGAUUCUUGGUCUUAUCUGGACUCUCAUCCUCCACUACUCAAUCUCAAUGCCCAUGUGGGACGACGAGGACGAUGAGGAGACGAAAAAACUGACCCCCAAACAACGCCUGUUGGGCUGGAUACAGAACAAGGUGCCCCAGCUGCCCAUCAACAAUUUCAACCGUGACUGGCGGGACGGAAAAGCUCUGGGAGCUUUGGUCGACAACUGUGCCCCUGGUCUGUGUCCUGAUUGGGCAGACUGGGACCCAAACCAGCCUGUGCAGAAUGCCAGAGAAGCCAUGCAACAGGCUGACGACUGGUUGGGUGUGCCUCAGGUUAUUGCUCCAGAGGAAAUUGUGGACCCAGACGUAGACGAGCACUCAGUGAUGACAUACCUGUCUCAGUUCCCCAAGGCAAAACUGAAGCCUGGGGCUCCUCUCAAGCCGAAACAACUAUUUCCAGACAAAGCCAAAGCCUAUGGACCAGGUAUUGAGCCCCAUGGCAACAAAGUUCUGCAACCAGCCGUUUUCACCGUGGAAACUCUGGAGGCUGGCAGUGGUGAGGUUCUUGUGUUUGUGGAGGACCCUGAAGGACACAAAGAAGAGGCAAGUAAAAAAAGUGCAGGGGCGAAAGUUAAACCCAACAAAGACAAAAACAGAACCUAUACAGUCACCUAUGUUCCAAAAGUGGAGGGGGUCCACAAGGUGAAGGUGUUAUUUGCGGGUCAGGACAUUGACAAGAGUCCUUACACUGUGAAUGUGGCAAAGGUGAUGGGUGACCCAAGCAAAGUCCAUGCCAGAGGACCAGGUCUGGAGGCUACAGGCAAUGUGGCCAACAAACCCACUUACUUUGACAUCUACACAGCUGGUGCUGGUCAUGGCGACAUCAGCGUGGUCAUCGUUGAUCCUCAGGGCAAAAAGGACACAGUGGAGCUCGUCCUGGAGAAUAAGGGCGACAGCGUUUUCCGUUGCACCUAUCGCCCCGUGCUGGAGGGGCCUCACACCAUUCACAUUUUGUUUGCCGGCCAGGAGAUCCCCAAGAGCCCCUUCAAAGUCAACAUUGCAGAGGCUCCAACUGUUGCUCCUUCCUUGGGAGCUCCACUCCAGAUAGCUCCUCAGUCAGUGCGCACCCCUCCUGGAGUGAAGGGUGGGAAGGGGGCACCACCCCCAAAACCUGGCCGUCCAACCAUAAACCCAAAUGCAUGCAGAGCUACUGGCAGAGGACUCCAGCCUAAAGGUGUGCGAGUAAAGGAGAUUGCAGACUUCAAAGUUUUCACCAAAGGAGCUGGCAGCGGUGAACUGAAUGUCUCAGUCAAAGGGCCGACUGGAGCAGAGGAGCAAGUGAAAGUGCGGGAUGCAGGAAAUGGAGUGUAUGAGUGUGAAUAUUAUCCUCAUAAGCCCGGUAAAUACACAGUCAGCAUCACCUGGGGAGGCCAGCCCAUCCCACGCAGCCCUUUCGAAGUAGACGUGGGCGAGGAGGCAGGUUUUCAAAAGGUGAGGGCCUGGGGUCCCGGUCUGAAGACUGGCAUGGUGGGAAAAUCUGCUGACUUUGUGGUCGAGGCCAUCGGCACUGAAGUGGGAACCCUGGGCUUCUCCAUUGAAGGCCCAUCGCAGGCUAAAAUCGAGUGCGAUGAUAAGGGAGACGGCUCUUGUGACGUGCGCUACUGGCCCACUGAGCCCGGUGACUAUGCUGUCCACGUCAUCUGUGAUGAUGAAGACAUCAAGGACAGUCCUUUCAUGGCUCACAUCCUCCCGGCAGUCAAUGACGUUUUUCCUGAGAAGGUGAAAGCGUUCGGGCCAGGCCUGCAGCCAAGUGGCGUGAUCGUGAAUAAACCAACUGAGUUCACCAUCGAUGCCCGAAUGGCUGGGAAAGGUCACCUGAAGAUCUAUGCACAGGAUGCUGAAGGUUGCACCAUCAACAUCAAAAUAACUGACAGGGGAGAUGGGACAUUUGUGUGUGUAUACACACCUGUCAAGCCCAUUAAACACACCAUCAUCAUCACCUGGGGGGAGGUCAACGUGCCAAACAGCCCCUUCAGGGUGCUGGUUGGAGAGGGCUCUCAUCCUGACAAAGUCAAGGUCUACGGGCCUGGAGUGGAGAAGACGGGGCUCAAAGCUAAUGAGCCGACAUACUUCACUGUGGACUGCAGUGAAGCUGGUCAAGGAGAUAUUAGCAUUGGAAUCAAGUGUGCCCCAGGGGUGGUUGGCCCCGCUGAAGCCGACAUCGACUUUGACAUCAUCAAGAAUGACAAUGACACCUUCACUGUCAAGUACAUGCCGCCCGGUGCAGGAAAAUACACCAUCAUGGUUCUCUUUGCUGACCAGGAAAUUCCAAUCAGUCCCUUCAAAGUCAAGGUGGACCCAUCCCAUGAUGCUGGGAAGGUGAGAGCAGAGGGCCCUGGAGUAAACAAGACAGGUGUGGAGGUGGGCACUCCAACACAUUUCACCGUCUACACAAAAGGAGCUGGAAAGGCCAAACCCGAGGUCCAAUUUGCAGCGUCAGGCCCUGGAGAGGCAGUUCGUGACUUUGAGAUCAUCGAUAACCACGAUUACUCCUACACUGUGAAGUACACAGCUCUUCAACAGGGCAGCAUGGCAAUUUCUGUGACACAUGGAGGAGAUCCUAUUCCAAAAAGUCCCUUCAAUAUCACAGUGGCACCAGCUUUGGAUCUUGGAAAAGUGAAAGUGGAGGGGCUAGACACCAAAGUGGAGGUUGGGAAGGACCAGGAAUUCACAGUUAACACAAAGGGAGCUGGAGGACUGGGCAACGUAGGUGUGAAGAUGACAUCUCCCUCAGGCCGACAAAUCCCAUGCAAACUGGAGUCAGACAAAGCCAAAGGCACUCACAAUGUGAACUACAUCCCCCCUGAGGAGGGACCGUACAAGGUGGAUGUCAGCUAUGAUGGGAACCCUGUAAUGGGUAGUCCCUUUGGGCUUGAAGCAGUCAUGCCAGCAGAUCCGUCAAAGGUGCGAGCCUAUGGUCCAGGCCUAAAGGGAGGCAUUGUGGGUAAACCAGCUCCAUUUACAAUUGACACAACGGGAGCUGGUGCUGGUGGGCUGGGCCUAACAGUGGAGGGCCCUUGUGAGGCGAAGAUCGAAUGCCAAGACAAUGGUGAUGGCACGUGCUCGGUCUCCUACUUUCCCACUGAGGCCGGCGAGUACGCCAUCAACAUCCUGUUUGCAGAGCAGCACAUUCCUGGCUCUCCUUUCAAAGCUGCCGUUCGCCCCGCCUUGGAUCCAAGCAAGGUGACGGCCAGUGGGCCAGGGCUGGAGAGGGCCAAGGCAGGUGAGCCUGCAACCUUCACCGUGGACUGCACCAGAGCCGGCGACGCUGAGCUCACCAUCGAGAUUAUAUCAGAGACUGGAGUUAAGGCUGAGGUGCACAUCCAGAAAACCUCAGAGGGGACCUUCUCUGUCACUUACAUCCCGUCCUUCCACGGCUCACACACCAUCACCAUCAAAUAUGGCGGCCAUGCCAUUCCUCAUUUUCCAAAGGUCCUGCAGGUGGAACCCUCUGUGGACACCAGUGGGGUGCAUGUCUAUGGGCCUGGAGUGGAGCCGAAAGGGGUCCUCAGGGAAGUCACAACCCACUUCAUUGUUGAUGCCCGUGCCCUCAAAAAGAGUGGAGGCAGUCACGUAAAGGUUCAAAUUAUCAACCCCUCUGGUGCCAGCACAGAGACGUACGUCACUGACAAGGGAGACGGCACCUACAGAGUGGAGUAUACAGCCUUUGAGGAUGGAAUGCAUCUGAUUGAAGUGCUGUACGACGACGCGCCUGUUCCAAAGAGCCCCUUCAGAGUCACUGUGGUAGAGGGAUGUGAUCCAACCCGAGUUCGUGCUUAUGGGCCAGGUCUGGAGGGAGGAAUAACGAACAAGUCUAACUGUUUCACUGUGGAGACCAGGGGUGCGGGUACAGGAGGCCUGGGUCUGACUAUUGAGGGAGCCUCAGAGGCCAAAAUAUCCUGUAAGGACAAUAAAGACGGCAGCUGCAGCGUGGAGUAUGUCCCCUUCACUCCAGGAGACUAUGAUGUAAAUAUUAACUAUGGAGGUCAGCCGAUCCCCGGUAGUCCGUUCCGUGUGCCCGUGAAGGAUCCAGUUGACCCCAGCAAGGUAAAGUGCUCUGGUCCUGGUCUGGGGACCGGAGUGAGAGCCCAUGUCCCUCAGACUUUCACGGCAGACUGUACCCAGGCCGGACAGGCCCCACUUGAUGUCAAACUCUACGGCCCAACAGGUACUGUGGAGCCUGUUGGUGUGAAGAACAAUGGUGACGGCACCCACACAGUUCACUACACCCCUGCACAGGAUGGGCCUUACACUGUAGCCGUCAAAUAUGCUGAUCAGGAGGUCCCGCACAGCCCUUUCAAGGUAAUGUCUCAGCCUGGGCAUGAUGCCAGUAAGGUGCGCGCCAGUGGCCCUGGUCUGGACACCAAAGGAGUGCCUGCAAGCCUGCCUGUUGAAUUCACUAUUGAUGCUCGUGAUGCUGGGGAGGGACUGCUCACUGUGCAGAUUCUGGAUCCAGAGGGCAAGCCAAAGAAUGCAACCAUCCAAGACAACAGGGAUGGCACCUACACUGUGUCCUACGUGCCUGACUCUACAGGGCCCUACACUAUCACCAUCAAAUAUGGAGGAGAUGAGAUUCCUUACUCCCCAUACCGCAUCCAGUCCCUCCCCACAGGAGAUGCAAGCAAAUGUCGCCUCACAGUUUCAAUUGGAGGACAUGGAGUGUCAAAUCUCCAGAAGCUGCAGACCUCAGAGGAUACAGUCAUCACUGUGGAUGCUAAGUCUGCUGGGAAAGGCAAGGUGACCUGCAAGGUGCUGACCCCACAGGGGAUGGAGUUGGACAUGGAUGUGGUGGAAAAUCACGACGGGACAUUUGACAUUUAUUACACUGCCCCUGAACCUGGAAAAUAUGUAAUUACCAUCCGCUUUGGAGGGCAGAAUAUUCCAAAAAGUCCCUUCCAAGUGGUGGCAACAAAUGAGCCAGUGGUUCCCCGUGAUACUGUUGAUCCACUUUUCCGUCCCGUUAACUUCCUAGUCCCUUUCACACCUCAGCAAGGAGAAAUCACGGGUGAAGUGCGGAUGCCUUCUGGCAAAACUGCUCGCCCUCACAUCACAGACAACAAAGAUGGCACCAUCACAAUUAAGUACCAGCCCACAGAGAGAGGUCUGCAUGAGAUGGACAUCAAAUAUGAAGGAAAUCACAUUCCUGGAAGUCCUCUGGAGUUCUUUGUGGAUGCUGUAAACAGCGGAGUGGUGACUGCCUAUGGCCCGGGUCUGAGUUAUGGCAUGGUCAACAAAGCUGCCACUUUUACAGUGGUCACCAAGAAUGCAGGAGAAGGCGGCCUGUCACUAGCAGUGGAAGGUCCUUCAAAAGCAGAGAUCACCUGCAAAGACAACAAAGAUGGCACCUGUACUGUGUCGUACCUGCCCACAGCUCCCGGAGACUACAACAUCAUUGUCAAAUUUGACAACAAGCACAUUCCCGGCAGCCCCUUUACUGCCAAGAUCACUGGGGAUGACGCCAUAACCAGAACAUCCCAGCUAAAUGUUGGCACAGCCGCCGAUGUGUCCCUGAAGAUUGCAGAGACAGAUCUGAGCUCUCUGACUGCCAGUAUCAGAGCCCCAUCAGGCAACGAAGAACCCUGCCUGCUCAAGAAGCUGCCCAACAGACACCUCGGCAUCUCUUUCACUCCUAAGGAGGUCGGUGAGCAUGAAGUGAGUGUCAGGAAGAGUGGCGUUCACGUGGCCAACAGCCCUUUUAAAAUCAUGGUUGGCCAGUCUGAGAUCGGCGAGGCCAGCAGAGUAAAGGCUUUCGGUAAAGGCUUGGUGGAGGCCCACACUUUCAAAAUGGCGGAAUUCUUUGUGGAUACAAGGAAUGCAGGGUAUGGAGGCCUGGCAUUGUCAAUCGAGGGUCCAAGCAAAGUGGAUAUAAACUGCGAAGAUGUGGAGGAUGGGACAUGCAGAGUGACGUACUGCCCAACAGAACCAGGGAGUUACACUGUCAACAUCAAGUUUGCAGAAAAACAUAUUCCAGGCAGUCCAUUCACUGUGAAGGUGACUGGAGAGGGAAGGAUCAAGGAGAGUAUUACGAGAAAGAGACAGGCAUCUUCUAUUGCAUCAGUGGGGAGCACAUGCGGUCUUAACCUCAAGAUCCCUGGAAACUGGUUCCAGAUGGUUUCAGCUCAGGAAAGGCUAACCAGGACAUUCACACGCAGCAGCCACACUUAUACGCGCACGGAACGCACAGAGAUCAGCAAAACCCGCGGUGGAGAGACCAAGAGGGAGGUACGAGUGGAGGAGAGCACACAGGUGGGAGGAGGAGGAAGCCCUUUUAGAGAUGUUUUUGGAGAUUUUCUGGGCCGAGAGAGCCUCAGCAGCUUUGCCGGCAUCACAGCCAGACCUGAGGCGGUGGAGAGUGGCUCCCAGGCUAUGACAGCUCAGGUGACCAGCCCCAGUGGGAAAACAGUGGAUGCCGACAUUGUGGACGGGGGCAGCAGCACGUACAGUGUGCGCUUCAUCCCCCAGGAAAUUGGACCUCACAAUGUCAACGUUAAGUACAGAGGCCAACACGUCCCAGGAAGCCCCUUCCAGUUCACUGUGGGGCCCAUGGGUGAAGGAGGUUCCCACAAGGUCCGAGCUGGAGGCCCCGGUCUGGAAAGAGGUGUAGCUGGAGCUCCAUCUGAAUUUAGUAUCUGGACUCGAGAGGCAGGUGCUGGUGGGCUGUCCAUUGCAGUAGAAGGUCCUAGUAAGGCUGAAAUCUCUUUUGAGGACAGGAAAGAUGGGUCUUGCGGUGUCACUUACGUAGUGAAAGAACCAGGUGAUUACGAGGUGUCAAUCAAAUUCAACAACGAGCACAUCCCCGACAGCCCCUUCAUCGUUCCAAUUGCUACACUGUCAGAUGAAGCCCGCAGGCUUACUGUGACGAGCCUUCAGGAGAAAGACUUAAAAGUAAAUCAGGAGGCAUCCUUCAUGGUGCAGCGCAAUGGGGCUCGAGGUGUAGUUGAUGCCAAAGUUCACACACCGUCUGGCUCUUCUGAAGAAUGUUACGUCUCAGAAAUUGACAGUGACAAAACUGCAAUCCGCUUCAUUCCACGGGACAACGGCGUUCACGCCAUAGAUGUCAAGUUUAACGGAUGCCACAUCCCUGGAAGUCCUUUUAAUGUUCGGGUGGGAGAUCCAGGCCUGAUUGGAGACCCGGGUAUGGUGACUGCACAUGGCCCAGGACUACAGGGAGGAACUACAGGAGUACCAUCAGAGUUUGUGGUCAACACCUCUAACGCAGGCUCUGGCACUCUAUCGGUCAACAUCGAUGGUCCAUCCAAGGUGAAGAUGGACUGUCGGGAAUGUCCCGAGGGCUACAGGAUCACCUACACACCCAUGGCACCCGGCAACUAUAUCAUCACCAUCAAAUAUGGCGGACCACAGCACAUUGUGGGCAGCCCUUUCAAAGCCAAAAUCACAGGCACAAGGUUGUCAGGGGGACACAGCCUCCACGAGACUUCCUCAGUCUUAGUUGAAACUGUUACCAAGACAUCCAAAGUGGGCGGGGCCUUCAGCGCCUCCUCUUCCACCACCGCAACCAAAUUGACAUCUGAUGCCAGCCAGGUGGUUUGUCGUGGUGCAGGACUGUCAAAGGCGGUGACCGGGCAGAAAAACAAUUUUACCGUAGACUGCAGCAAAGCAGGCACCAACAUGCUGAUGGUGGGCGUGCAUGGCCCACAUGCUCCCUGUGAGGAGGUGUAUGUCAAGCACAUGGGCAACAAGCUCUACAACGUCACCUACACUGUCAAGGACCAGGGCAGUUACACCGUUAUUGUCAAAUGGGGCGACGACAACGUCCCUGGGAGCCCUUACAAAGUGGCCGUCCCUUAA